AUGAAGUGUUCUUCUGCUGAUCCGGAAACCAUUCAUGCAACUUUCAUAGUACUGGCUGCUUUUGUUUGCUUUGAGCCAUGGCAACAAGUGCCAAGUUAAAUAAACUAGUCAUCAAAGCUGCAUGUUGAAGACUUCAAUUGAUCUUUCUCUAGUUUUAACUUUUUUUUCCCAAAGGAAUACUACAUUUUUCUUACCACUUGUCUAGUUAAACUCUUACUUUGGAUAUUAACAAAGUCAUCGGUGAGAGUAUCAGCUGCAUAAUCAUGGCUCUGGCAAGCGGUCAUUGGAUUGAAAUGAAUGUCUGCGGUGAUCCACCAAGACGUCGGCAUGGGCACGCUUUGGCAGUUGCAGGAAAUAUAGCAUUUAUUUUUGGAGGUUGCUCAAUCAGCAGUAAUCUGGAAAAGAAUCCAUUGUAUUUGAAUGACUUUCACAUGAUCACAAUUACUUCCAAUGACUUAACAUGUGAGCCAAUUCCCCAGACUGGAAAGAUUCCAACACCCAGAGAGGGUCAUGACAUGUUCAUGGUGAAAAGAAAAAUAUAUUUAUUUGGAGGAUGUUGUGAUAAAAGUGCAGAACAAUGUCUCCCAGGAAUGUAUUCAUUUGACCUAGUUACCCUAACAUGGGAGAAACUUAAAACAAAUGGAGCUGCUCCCCAAACCCUGAGUCACAGUGUUGCAACUGUUGGGGAGAAUGUUUUUGUUUAUGGUGGCAUUCAUCAUGGAAGAGCUGUAGAUGACUUGCAUAUGUUCAAUACAGUAUCUGAAACAUGGGUACCAGUCAAAACAUCUGGCUCACUUCCUGAGGCAAGGUUGGGACAUGCAUUUGCUGCUGUUGGACAUCAGAUAUAUAUGUUUGGCGGGAGUUCUAUGGAUGGCAUGUUCUAUAGUGAUGUGCAUAUGCUGGACACAGCCACUUUAGUUUGGCAGUGUUGUGAUAUCAAAGGUGAAACCCCAGCAGGAAGAAAAUACCAUUCAUUUACAGCACACCAUGAUAAGGAUAUUUACCUAUUUGGAGGAAUCUCAGAGUGUGAAAAUGAGACCAAAAUGCUAAAAUGUGAUGUCAUGAAAUUAAGCCUUGCAAAGAUGAAAUGGAAAACACCACUCUAUUUUGGGAUUCCACCAGCAUGCAGAUAUAAGCAUACUUCUUUUGUUCUGCAAAGCCAUCUGUACAUAUUUGGUGGAAGGAAUAAAGAAAAUGACUUCAAUGGCGUCAUGGCUAUGAGACUCAUAAACCCAUCAGAGAGACAGCCCAUAAUGAAGGACAUUUUAUUAGAAUGUGGAAUUCAAGGCAUAAGCAAUGGAUAUACACCGACUAAAAUCCCAAAUGUGAAGUACCAGUUAAGUGUUCUACAGCCACCAAGUUUCUCUUCUCCUCAUCCGAUUCCUGAAGUUAAAGAAAGCAGCUUCAUGUUUGUACGCAGCCAAGCAAUAGAAAAAAUAAAAUCAGCCUUUGUCUUACUAGAUUCUGAAUUUGAAAAAUUUGAUCUAGAAAAGGCAAACUUUACACAGGAGAAAGCAACAUUCUAUCAAGAAAAGGAAGAAUUUCAAAGGCAAUACAAGAUUCAACAACAGGAACUUCAAGAAAUGUUGGAAAAACAUAAGAUACAAAAUGAAGUUUGGCUUAAAGCAAGAGCAGAAGAAAACGAUAAGGAAAGGCGAGAGAUCAGUGAUGUGAGGGAGGAAAUUCUUCUACAACAAAAAAAGUUAAAAGAAGAGCAGCAAAUGAUUGAAAAACGCAAUCAGCAGUUGAUUUCUAUUAUGGAACAGUUCAAAGGAAUGUGAUCAGUGAGAAAUGUUUUUGUCAGCGGUAUAUUUGGAAAGCUUAAUCCAAUAUUUUCAGCUAUAUGUUACAUAAAAAGGAAGGAUAAAUUUUACACAAAUUGUUAAAUAUUUCUCCUAUAAAAAUCUGUAUUUUAUUCAAACUGAUUAAAGUCUCAUGACACAUUUGGAAACUCUUUUCAAAAUCAGA